UUGGCUGUGGGUCACCAGUGCUCCCACGACCUUCCCCCGUCUGCAGGUGCUGUUGUUUUUCGUGCUGCGCUGCGUGACAGCUAGCUGUGCACCUUGCUUGAUGACAAGGGGCUCUCACUGCUGCUGCUGUUGAGUGUGCGUGCGUGCGUGCGUGCGUGCGUGCGCGUGUCCGUGCCUGCGUCGUUCCCUCAACCCCAGCGCACGAAAUCGCACCACACCAGUACGGAGACAGGAAGUGGUUACUGUACACUGGCCGACGACAGCCUCUGAACGAAGUGCUAUGUCGCGUUUCAAGCGUUCGGGAGAGAGACGGGGGGGUUGGGACCGGGAGGCACAUCCGAGUCACACGCUCUUCUUUCUAGUAGACACCAGAGAAAUUACUCUUGCGCGCGGAAGGACGUGCGCGCCUUCACCAGGAGGUCACUACGUGCUCUUCAUCCUCUCUGCUCUUCUUUGCUGGCGGCGUUGCCACCACCUCUAGGAUCGUGCGCUCUUCCUCCCCCUUGCCUC